AUGACGUGGAUGGAUCCCGAUGCAGUCACCUUCUUCUAUGUCGCCGUAUUACACAUAUCAUGCGUACUAACCAUGAUCAAGUACGCUACAACUCCUGAUCGUGUUGCGCCUGAUCCAGCUGAACACGUUUACAAUCUAUUGGCACCACCAGACUAUGCGCUUUCCGUUAUGUUUCCAAUCCUAUUACUUUUCAGUAUUAGUCGAUUUGGCCCCAUAGCGUUGCUAUUUGAUUACCAGGACCUCACACCGGCCUCUAUACUCAUUAUCCUGGUUGGUCCGGUCAUUUUUGCGGUGCUAGUAUUUGGGCUGAUACCCUUCCUGCUAUUCUGUAAAUUGCGAUUGUACCUGGCGCCGAUAACAUUGAUACUGGUGUGGGCUGGAGCGCUGUAUUGCUAUGCGAGUUUGGAAAGCACAGCCGAGCGAAUGCCUGAAAGAUACCGCUCUCGACACGCGACAGAAGUGAUUCAAAACACAUGGGGCAAGCUUUCAGUGCGUCUCACGCUUAUCUGGCUCAGCGGUGCAGUCAUCUUUUCGAUCAUUGACAUGGUGCAGAUCUUCUAUGGCGAAUAUUUCGGCUUCGAAUCAUACGUGAAGCUUAUGGGAUUGCUUCUCGCGUUUGCGGUUGCUGCUUACGUUCAAUGUCGCGAUCCUGUGGUGGCCUGGGUCACUACGUGGUUUGUUAUGGUGUUAGCAAAUAGAACGAAUGUCUAUGAGGGCGAAACGAAGAAGACAUUCGAAAAGUUGCAGGCUGCUGCUUCAGCUGCGGCGUACAUUUUUGAGAUAGUACUGAUCUUGGAUACUAUCGAAGGCCUCAACGAGUUUUUGGGCAAGUUUAUAUAUCGCCCGGACCCGGAUUCCGCUUCUGAAAGCGACGACAACCUCAACACCGUGUACGGAACAGUAUGA